ACCAAAGUACUGAAUAUGUUGCUUUAAUUUGGAGAGAAUGGAUGAAGCCUUAAAGGAGAGAGUGUGACUUAGUUAAAUGAAUUGAACAAAUUACUUGGUAAAGAGUAGAAUAUAUGGAGCUUUCAUGGCUGCAACUUUCCUACUACUAACCUCUCUCAAAAGAAAAGACUCGAGCCGCGGACCGCCGGAAGUCGGCGGCGCGUGGCCCAUAAUCGGCCAUCUCCACCUCCUCACCGACCCGCGCCCGCCGCACUUGAUCUUGGGAGAUAUGGCCGACAAAUACGGGCCGAUGUUCCAAAUCAGGCAAGGAGCGCAUAAAGUGUUGGUGGUGAGCGACUGGCAAAUAGCGAAGGAGAUCUUCACGGUGAAGGACCGGUCGUUCGCCGGCCGGCCGGGGAGGAUCGCGUCGGAGGUCAUGGGGUACAACUAUGCCAUGUUCGGACUCAGCCCCUACGGCCCUUACUGGCGCGACGUCCGCAAGGUCGUGGUGGUUGAGCUCUUGUCCAACCACCGCCUCAACGAGCUCCGGCAUUUCUGGGUCGCCGGACUGAAAUCCCUCGUCGGAGAUCUCCACCGCGCCUGGCUGGCAGAGAAUCACGGCGCCGAUGAAUCUCAGAAUAAGAGCGUCCGAUAUGUCAAGGUUGAGAUGAUUGACAUGAUAAGAAGACAGAUAAUGGACAUCCUGACGCAGAUACUCUUUGGCGAGCACGCCGAAGAAGGGGGAAAAACUGGGAAGACACUUAGGAAAUUCUUCGACCUUCUAGCGGUGACAACGGUGGGAGAUUCGAUCCCAUGGCUGAGGUGGUUGGACAUCGGGGGGCACGAGAAGGGGAUGAGGAAGACGGCAAAGGAGCUAGACGACAUGGUGGAGGGGUGGUUGCAACAACACAAGAGGGGGAGGGAACUGAGGAAGGAAAGGGGUGAGGAGUUGAGGAGAGAAGGAGAAGACUUCAUGGAUGCACUCAUCACUCGCAUUGAGACGGAGAAGGAUUUCAUGGAUUCUGGGUUUGACUCUGAUACCAUUGUCAAAUCUACUUGCUUGGCUAUUUUGGGAGCAGCAUCGGAUACAACGACGGUGACACUAGUGUGGGCCAUAUCCUUGCUCCUCAACAACCCCAGAUGCUUAGAGAAGGUGAAAGCUGAAGUUGACAGCCAGAUCGGGUCAGAGAGGGCCGCGGCCCCCUCUGACCUCAACAACCUACCCUACCUCCACGCGGUCAUCAAGGAGACUCUCCGGCUGUACCCGGCCGCCCCGCUCCUGCUCCCGCACGAGGCCAUCGAGGACUGCACCCUGAACGGGUACAGCGUCUCGAAGGGCACGCAUCUCCUGGUGAACCUCCCGAAGAUGCACCGGGACCCGAAGAACUGGGGGGACGCGGCCGUGUACAGGCCGGAGAGGUUCCUGGAGGAGCAUGCGGACAUCGACCUGAAGGGGAAUCACUUCGAGCUGCUCCCGUUCGGGAGCGGCCGGAGGAUAUGCCAGGGGAUGUCCCUGGCGCUGCAGGUGGUGGGGCUGGGGCUGGCCAUGCUGGUCCAAGGGUUUGAGCUCAAGAGGGUUUCCGACGAGGCGGUGGACAUGACGGAGUGUAGCGCCGCCACCAAUAUGAAGGCUACUCCGCUGGAAGUUCUUGUUUCUCCUCGCCUGCCUUCGCACCUCUAUCAGAGCUGAUAAUCUUGGGUUUGGCGCCAUUCAAUUUUAUUUACUUGCUUAUUAAUUGUACUCAAUUAAGGCAACGUCUCAUUAAUGAAGAAAUAUAUAUAAUGCCCAAGUUUGGUUUUUUCUCAAUAACUUUCUAUGCAAAUAUUCCGUAUUAUUUAUCCAUUGGAAUUUUACUACUCCCCCGUCCCUAAAUAAAGUUCCUCUUUCGUUUUUUCUUUGUCCCUAAAUAAACUUCUCUUUUUCCU